AUGACUCCGGCAGAAGAUGAAAGGCCAUCAAAAAGAGCUAGACAGGCCUGUGCACCUUGCCGUCGGAAAAAGUCGCGCUGCCCCGGAGAAAAGCCUGUCUGUUCAUACUGUGAAAGACUGGGUCAGAAAUGCACUUAUUCUGGCGAUGAAGCUCGGAGCGAAGAGCCUGAGCAUUCUAAAAAGAUGACUGAGCAGUUUGUUAUACAGGAUGAGCGCAUCUCUGGGAUUGAAAGUACCCUGGACAGAUUAAUGGACUAUAUUACUAACAAUGCAGGCGUCCGGUUCAAGAUCGGACUCCCUCGUCUGCACUCGAGCAUCACGAUGAAGGAGCCCCGGAGCUAUCCCCCCAAGCUAUGUCAGUCGGUGCUAUACUUUUAUACUUCUAAUGACUCUGAUUUGCUUAUGAAGAUUCCAGAUCCCGCUCUUCAGAGUUAUCAGCAACAGAUCUUUAUCUGA